AUGUCAUUUGUUUCUCUUUGUUCAUUUCAUCAUAUUUUUUAUAGAACCAGUGAAGAGAUGUCAAAAAAUAAAAAGUUGGACCUCUCGGAUGAAAAUAUUAAUGAUAUAAUCAGAAAUGCAGAGAACCACAAGGAAUGGAAUGUAGAAGCUGCUGACCAACAGACAACAGAAGAUUCCAAGCAAAAGAACAUCUUGAAGGCCAACAAAAAGAUUAGAAAGAUGGUACCUGAAGAUGUUGAGAAAUUCGAUUAA